CAGAAGCCGUUCAAGAACUGCCCAUGCAUCCCGAAAAAUGCACUGUUUGGUGUGGUUUGUACGCUGGUGGAAUCAUUGGACCGUAUUUUUUCAAAGAUGCUGUUGGACGCAACGUUACGGUGAAUGGCGAUCGCUAUCGUUCGAUGCUAACAAACUUUUUGUUGCCAAAAAUGGAAGAACUGAACUUGGUUGACAUGUGGUUUCAACAAGAUGGCGCUACAUGCCACACAGCUCGCGAUUCUAUGGCCAUUUUGAGGGAAAACUUCGGACAACAAUUCAUCUCAAGAAAUGGACCCGUAAGUUGGCCACCAAGAUCAUGCGAUUUAACGCCUUUAAACUAUUUUUUGUGGGGCUACGUCAAGUCUAAAGUCUACAGAAAUAAGCCAGCAACUAUUCCAGCUUUGGAAGACAACAUUUCCGAAGAAAUUCGGGCUAUUCCGGCCGAAAUGCUCGAAAAAGUUGCCCAAAAUUGGACUUUCCGAAUGGACCACCUAAGACGCAGCCGCGGUCAACAUUUAAAUGAAAUUAUCUUCAAAAAGUAAGUUUCAAAUAAAGAACCGAUGAGAUUUUGCAAAUUUUAUGCGUUUUUUUUUAAAAAAAAGUUAUCAAGCUCUUAAAAAAUCACCCUUUAUUACUUAUUUAAAAAAAAGGAUGCAUAUGCAUGGAAAGACGAAUUUGAUCAAAAAAGAGGAAUUUCAGCGAAUAGGCUUAUUAUCAUAUGACUGCGCACUAGGGUGGGUCGAUUCCGGAAUUUUUUCGAUUCGGUGUUUCUAAUAGUGCGGAAAAGUUGCCUUAGUACUUCCUGAUUCCAAUGCAACUUUUUGUUUUGAGAUCGUAUUGCAUCUUCAACCCGAACCUCGGCCUUGAAAUUUCGGAAAUUCGCCUAAAAUCGUGAAAUUGUCUACCUAGCACCUGAAAUACGCAUCUCAUGGCAAAAUGUAUGAAACAAAAGUUAUUUGUCACGUCAUUUGCUACCGAAAUGGUAUAUGUGAUCAUGGCCGUAGGACGAACCGUUCCCGAGAUACGAGCGAAAAGGCGGCGCGCCACAGCGCAAGGUGAAAAUCGGCUUGCGGCCACACUUCUUGACGUUGAUUUCGCCGAUUGCUAUCACUUACAUUCAUUCACCUACGCCAAAGGACACGUUCGGAUAGGUCUCCACACAAAUAUUUUUUCAUCGAGUUCCUUCACUCUUGUCGGUGAUUUCGCCGAGUUCUAUCACUUACAUUCAUUUCCCUGCGCCAUACGACAUGUUCGGACUGGUCUCCACAUAAAUAUUUUUUCAUCGAGUUCCUUCACUCUUGUCGUUGAUUUCGCCAGGUGCUAUCACUUAUAUUCUCUCAACAAAACACAGAACUCAAAAUGUCUGUAUCUAAAUUUAAAUUUAGACAGAAAUGUCCUGUGUUUGGACUGGUCUCCACAUAAAUAUUUUUUCAUCGAGUUCCUUCACUCUUGUCGUUGACUUCGCCAGGUGCUAUCACUUAUAUUCUCUCAACAAAACAUAGAACUCAAAAUGUCUGUAUCUAAAUUUAAAUUUAGACAGAAAUGUCCUGUGUUUGGCAUAUAUCCGAACAAUCUCUCUGAGUCCCAGUUACCUACUUACCAGGAUGUUCUUUUGUGUUAUCAGUUUGAAAGAUUUGGUAUAGGGCGACUCCGAGGCGACAACUAUGAACCUAGGAGUAAAGAGGUUACAGAAAUAGUUGCAAAAAAGGUUGAAAAUACUUUCAAAAAGUCAUCUAUUCCGAUAGUUUCACACACCAGAGUUGUACAAAUGCUCACCACAUACCAUAAGAAAUUUCUGACUCUUAAAAAAAUGUUUUUAAGGAACCCAAUAGGUUUGAGCUCUAAAAGAGACGACUUUGUCUCUUCUGCCGGAAAAUUAUUUGACAUCGCUGCUUGUAAAUGCAUUUAUUUUUCUUCUUGCACUUGUCCAAAGGAAAGGAAAGUUCCUAUCAAUGAACAACCAUUUCUCUUGGACCAGAGAACCACAAGAAUUGGUCGCAUUGGAAGUGUUGAUCUACCUGAAACAAAAAAGAUUACAAAGAAAAAUGAACGUAAAGAAAAGCUUUCAAAACGUCAUUCAACAUCAACACUUACCAGAAAAGUAUCAGCUAGAACACGUGACCAUUCAGAUCAGCCAGACUCUCAUACAGACGACAACAAUGUAGGCGCGUCGCACAUUGAUUCUUCGAAAAACGAUGGUGAUGAUGAAUUUUCUCUUCCAUCCUCUAAAACCAAACAAAACACACUAGUAUUACAACACACUGCUUUAGCUGCCCACAGAUUUGGAGUAAGUGAUGGAGCAGCGACCUUGAUUGUUUCAUCGGCUUUUCUGGAUGCCAAAAAAGCAGGUUUGAUAACAGAGGAUCAGGCUAGCUUUGUCACUGACAAAUGCAAGAUUAGUCGGGCAAAAAAAAGUGUUGGUGUUAAGCUCCAGAACACCGAAAGUAUUGACUCCGUAUAUGGGCUGUAUUUUGACGGCCGCAAAGACAAUACACUUACACAAGUCAGCGAAGGUGAAAAGUACUACCGCGACACUGUCAAAGAGGAACAUAUUUCUCUUAUAGCGGAACCUGGUUGUCAUUACUUUGGCCACGUCACUUCUCCUUCCGGGUCAGCUGAGGAUGAGACGCAAGCUAUAUGGCAACAUUUACAAGACAAUUCAGUUGAUGUGGAACAUCUAGAAGUUGUCGGUGCUGAUGGCACCAACACGAACACAGGUUGGAAAGGUGGAAUCAUUCGGAAACUAGAAGAAAUAAUAGGUAGGCCAUUACAGUAGGUUGUAUGUCUUCUACAUUUCAACGAACUUCCAUUCCGUGCUCUUUUCGAACACAUAGAUGGUGUCUCAAAGAGUCCAAAUACAUUCUCUGGCGACAUAGGUAAACUGCUCCCUUAUUGUGAGAAGUUGCCUGUUGUCAAAUGUGAAAGUUUUCCAUCCUGCCAAUUACCUUCUGAGGUUAUUAAUCCGACCCAACUUAGCACAGACCAAGCUUAUCUCUAUAAAAUAUCAGAAGCUGUUAUUUCCGGUCAAUGCUCCUCAGAUUUAGCGUCGAUGCAUCCAGGUAACAUGUGCAAAUCUCGCUGGCUCACCUGUGCAAAUAGAAUUCUGAGAUUAUACAUUUCUACUGACAAACCAACAAAGGAAAUAAAGAUUUUGGUCAAGUACAUACUUACAGUUUACUCACCUUUGUGGUUCUCAAUAAGAUUCAACAGUUCAAUCAAAGAUGGCUCGCGCCAUCUCUAUGCUGCAAUUCAAAGGUCGAGAUACUUACCCGCUAAACUGCGCAAGGUUGUCGAUUCAUCCAUUCAACAGAAUGCUUUCUUUGCUUUUCCAGAAAACAUUCUCCUUAGUAUGAUGACUGACGAACGGAUAGAAGUCAGAAAGUUGGCCCUUGACCGUCUUCUGGCAGCCAGAGAAGCAGAGUCUGACACCAUAAAUGGAAGAGUUAGAUGUAAUAAAGUGCCAAAGCUGAAUUUCAAAGCUAAUACUUAUUACGAUAUGAUUAACUGGAAGACUAUUACCUUGACUGUUCCACCAGUUCUUUGUUCAGUUUCUAACGAAGAACUCAUAAAAGGGCUGUCGGGAGACACUGCAGAGGUAUGGAAAUUUAGUGAAUUCCCCUCUCACACCGUGGCAGUCGAGAGAAUUGUCAAACUGGUGACAGAGGCAUCUUCUAAAGUUAUUGGCCCCCAAUCUCGUGAUCUUUUUAUACGCUCUACACUGAAAUCUAGGCAACAAGUGCCAAAGUUUAGUACAAAAUCUGAUUUUAUCAAUAAAUUUGACACAGAUUCAGACUAAAACAAGCCUGACAUAUGGUUGGUUGGUUGGGUUGGGCUUGGGAGGAACCCGAAGAGCAGCUACCUCCACGCGGUGGGUUCUGGGUGACCAAUACAGGUUAGCUGAGAGCUGCAACAAUUUUGACCUUGCGCUGUGGCGCGCCGCCUUUUCGCUCGUAUCUCGGGAACGGUUCGUCCUACGGCCAUGAUCACAUAUACCAUUUCGGUAGCAAAUGACGUGACAAAUAACUUUUGUUUUAUACAUUUUGCCAUGAGAUGCGUAUUUCAGGUGCUAAGUAGACAAUUUCACGAUUUUAGGCGAAUUUCCGAAAUUUCAAGGCCGA